GUUGUAUUUUUGGAACAGUGUGUGUGGAUUUGGUCGCCUUGUUAGGUCUGCUUAAACAUUUACAACAGCACCAAGUGUUGUGAGAUAGCGGCGGCAGAGUGAGGGGAAGCAGGGACAGGGGAAAGGGGCUUUUCUAUGGCCACCUUGGAAAGCCAUGCAAGAUCCCUGGCUCAACCAGGAAGAUAAUACCUCCAAAGACAGUUCAACUAAGUAAGGGCAUAUACGUUUUAUCUCUCGGGGGGAAAACAACCGUAACAAAUCUUACUCAGUCAGCACAGAGGCUGCAUUAAAUUCAUGACUCUAAAAUCGACCGGGGAUCAACAGAAGUCAUCCAUGAGGGAAUAAGAAAAUGCGCGCCUAAAUCAAAUUUGCAGGGUCUAGUGCGAAGGCUACGUGAAAAAUACAAAUAAAUUAUAAGCGCUGUACCAAGGAUAUCCUAAACUGUUUUUAAUGACAGGAGAAGGUGGAUGCAGUCUGAAGGAAGAGAUUUUAUCUUGACCAAUACAUUGAUUUGACUUUACCUUUGAAAGUAAAUUUUUGUCUGCAGUCAUAGAAGGGAAGGUAUGAGUGGAGGUCGUUUUGAAUUUGAUGAUGGCGGAGCUUAUUGUGGUGGUUGGGAGGGUGGCAAAGCCCAUGGGCAUGGGAUCUGCACCGGACCUAAAGGACAGGGCGAGUUCUCCGGCUCCUGGAAUUACGGGUUUGAAGUAGUUGGAGUGUACACCUGGCCAAGCGGAAAUACCUAUGAAGGCAUCUGGUCGCAAGGGAAGCGCCACGGUCUAGGAGUUGAGACUAAAGGACAGUGGGUUUACAAGGGAGAAUGGACUCAUGGCUUCAAGGGGAGAUAUGGCUUGCGUCUGAGUGUGGGUAGUGGAGCAAAAUAUGAAGGAACAUGGAAUAACGGAUUACAAGAUGGAUAUGGCACAGAGACAUAUGCUGAUGGAGGCACAUUUCAAGGCCAGUUUACUGGCGGUAUGCGACACGGGUAUGGAGUCCGUCAGAGCGUGCCCUACGGUAUGGCGGCGGUGGUUCGCUCCCCUCUCCGCACCUCCCUCACCUCCCUCCGCAGCGAGCACAGCAACGGCACCUUGCUCCAGCAGGAUGUCCCCGCCAUCACCACCACCAACGUCGCCGGCCAGGAGACCCGGGUCACCACGCCCACCAAGCUGGGGCCCUCCAGGGGCGGCUUCGCCCUGACCCUCCAGGUGGACCCGGAUGCCGUUAAACCCAAGAAGAAGGGCCUGUUCCGAAGGGGGUCUCUCCUGGGGAAACUGAAGAAGUCAGACUCCCAUACGUCCUUAUCCAGCGUGAGGAGCAAGUUAAGCUUCCUGGGAUCGAGGAGCGAAUCUGCGUUAAGUUCUGCUGCCAGCGAUGUGGCCAGCGAUGCCAACUCCACCAUCAGUCUGGGAGACGAGAGCCUGGCCGGGCCGGAUGAUUUCCCCCCCGUGGAGGCCGACAUCGAUGCCACCACCACAGAGGUCUACAUGGGGGAGUGGAAGAACGACAAGCGCUCGGGCUAUGGAAUAAGCGAACGGUCCAGUGGUCUGAAGUAUGAGGGUGAGUGGUUGGACAACCAGCGACACGGCUACGGAUGCACUACCUUUGCGGAGGGGGGCAAGGAGGAGGGAAAGUAUAUGAACAAUAUGCUGGUGAAGGCCAUGAAGAAGAGGGUGAUCCAACUGAAGGGCACCAAGAUCAGGCAGAAGGUGGAGCGCAGUGUGGAGGGAGCUCAGCGUGCCUCUGCCAUCGCCAAACAGAAAGCAGAGAUUGCUGCUUCCAGGACGACCCAUGCUAAGGCCAAGUCAGAUGCUGCCGAUCAGGCCUCUCAGGCUUCCAACCAAGAGUCCAGCCUCGCCAGGUUGGUGGCCAGGGAACUGUCCCCUUCCUUCUAUCAGCCAGGCCCAGAGUACAUGAAGAAGAGAGCGCUACAGGAGAUCUCAGAUGGCAAUGAGAACACAGGCCCUAUAAUGCAUGAACCACUGUUAGCAGGGCAGCCACCGACACCCGCUGAAAGCCCAAUGCUGCACGACAGGCCUGGCUCCUCUCCAGCCCGCACGCCCUCCCCCAGCCCGGCUGUGACCCCUCCAGCAUCCAGGCACUCCAAGCAGGGCAACUUCAGCAAAGAAGACCCCCAUCUCCUCGGCCCCGCUGGCUGGAACGGGGACAAAGGCAGUCGGGGGAGCAGCCGUCCCAAUAGCAGAACCAACAGCCGGCCCACCACUCCCGCCUCUGCCGCUGCUCCCCUUGAAGAGCGCCUCGCUACUGCCCCCAUCCCUAGCAGCCGCGCCUCCAGCCGCUUGAGCAACAAGGUAGAACAGGGCUCAGACCUGGAGAUCAAACCUCUGGAGAAGACGGCAUCUGAGGCUAAAGUGUCCAAAGCUGCUCCCUCGAUAAGUACCAGUGUUGCCUACUCAGAAGAAGAAAAGGAAGCUCCUCCUCCCGCCUCCAAAGUGUCUUCCAAAGCUGCCAUCACCCCCGAGCCUAAAUCGUCAGAGCCCAAACAAAGAACAGAGUCGGUCAAUGAACGACCUGUGUCCACCAUAUCUGAGAGCGAACCAGAGUCCAGUGCCCAGUCUGUCAAUAAAGUGUCUCCCAAGCCUUCGCCAUCACUCAGGCCAUUGACGAAACAGGAGGCCAGUCCAGCUUCAAAACCUGCCACACCUGCACCUACACCAGUGCCUAAAGCUGCCAAGCCAGCCCCUAAGGUUGAACCCAAAGCAGAGGCCAAGCUGAUGAAGAACAUGGUAAAGAGCCCAAGUGAAGUUACAGAAGUAGUAGAAUUUGAGCAGGGUCCGAACACCAUCAUGAUAACCAUGGUGAUUCUUCUCAACAUUGGCCUGGCCAUUCUCUUUGUACACAUCUUGUCAUGAAACACUGUCGACCCAGGUAACUAACACAGCUCUCUGACUGUCCUGCCAGUUACAGAUAUACACUGAAAGGUACCUGUUUCUUUUGUUUCAAGCAGUCAAAACGCAAUGGCACUGAACGUCUGACCCUUGCAACCUGUAAGGAAAUGUCUGUUUGAUCUGGUCACAUGACUAAGUAUUGCUUGAUUACAACAACAAUUACUGUUUACAUGUUUUGACUCAGUGGUACUUCAAGGUGGUGACGAUUAUGAUGAUGAUGAGACAUUAACUUGUCUUCAUAUUUGUUUUGUCUGCUUGACCUUUUUCCCUUUUAAACAAGGACCAUGCAGAACAAAAAAACUGCCAAGAAGCACAAACCUUAUAUGAAGGAAGCAUACGACAGCUCCUCCACACACAGCCUCUUGUAGAUGUGACUGUGUUGAGGCUCUUUAAGGCUAAUCUGCUUUUCAGAGGCUUGGAAUCAGAGGAUGCUGGUGGGUGGAGCUAUAGGAGGAUAGGCUCAUUCAUGUCUGUAAUGGAGUUAAUGGAACGGUAUCAAACACAUCAACCAUAUGGAAACCACAUGUUUGAUUCCGUUCCAUUUAUUCCAUUCAAGCCAUUACAAUGAGCCUAUCCUCCUAUAACUCCCCCCACCAGCCUCCUCUGCUUGGACUAUCUGGAGCCGGAUUAAAGAACACCAUAUGAAUCCGGAUUGAAGGACAUCAAUGCAUAUGAAUCCAUAUGAAUCCUUACGGCUCAGGAUUGAAGGACAUCAAUGAAUCUGAAUAUCAGGAAGAGGGUCUUAAUGGACACUUUGUAAAGAAGAGUUUGUGAGUGAGUUUCGGUGAGUUUCGGUGUCUACCCUGGAGAUGUUGAAUGUUAUUCACUGGUGAAGUUUGAGUCAACUAAAGCACUGUGUGUUAUGUUUUAACAAAGGGCUAAACCCUUCAUAUUGGCAAACACUGUCGCCUCAGAUCACCGACAGAUUAGAGUGGUUGUAGUGUGGACAGGUUAGAGUGUCAGGAAAGGAUUAUUUAGCUUUGUAAUUAGAUAUUUAUUUAGCUGAUGUCUUGUCUAUAGGAAUGUAAUCUCUGGGAAAAUCUCAAAUAAACUGAAUAUUCUCAAAUUUUUGCCAAUAAUAAUUAGUGGUUUGGGGCUAAUAUCAGUGUUCCUAUUUAUUGACAAAAAUCUAUAUUAUGCUCCUAUUAGUUUAUCUGCCUUCUUCCUUUUUUGCUGUAUUCUCAACUUUCUUCAGUAGUCAUCAAUAAAGACAUUUUACAGUCUCUUUGAUGUCACAGGGCUCUAAGACAUGAAAUGCUGAUUCUUUAUUCGGCAACGCCUGAAAAUCAGUGAUUUUCUUAUCUGCAAUGGCAAUGCAACCCACCACAGCAAUGCAAUGUAAUGGACAGUUAUGUUUGCACAUAACAUAUUCUCUCUCCAAGGCAAUUUUGAGUGAGUCACACUGGAAUGGUAUUCAAAACAAUAUCUAUAAAAGGAUUAGUACAGUAGUACUGACAUGCACUGUACAUUGUAUAAUUUAGUAAGAGGCUUUCAAAUGACAGAAUAGAGGAGGAAUUCUAGGACUUUAACCAGUGUAUGUGGUAUUGGAUUUCUGGAGUAAUGUGUAUCUAUGUUGUUUUCUGGUUGUCUGAUCAAAAGAAACGUAAAGCACCCUAUUGAAUGGUUUGAUUUUAAUAAAAACAUGACAUGAAAAUAACAAUGACAAAUUUGGGGCGGAUGGGUGGGCGGUGGGGGGUCAAUUUUGUCAAAAACCAUUAGGGAACAUUUUGUGUAGAUUUCGAGAGGGUAUUUAUUUGAACAAAUGGGCUUGCAUUGUUAGGAUGUAAUUGUGAGCAGUUGUUUGGGAAUUUUGUUGGUCUGUCUGCUUCAGAAUAGGUCACACAAUUUAAAAUGCAUUGCAUUCAGAACAAACCGUUUGUGCUUCAUAAUCAAUCAAGACGAUUUUUCUCCCAACUUUUGUAUGCACGUGGGCACUGUUUGGGUAUGUUUUUGUACCUUUUUGAAGUACACAUCUUUUCAUCUACAAACAUAUUCUGCUGUUGCAUUUCUGUGAGAGUAAUAUCCAAUCCCACAUAUAUUUUUGGUUUUCCCUGUAGAGUCAAUGAGAUUAUACCUCACGUUUGGGAGACAGUGGAAAAUGUAGUGUAUUUUAAAGGAACUCCAGGUCGUACUUUACUAGAGAGCACUACAGUAUGAGAUUCUGCACUGUAUAAAUCCUUAUUUAUAACUUUAUUUUCCCUAUGUCCCGAACAGUUGUCUUCCCCCUCAAAGAUGAUUUAUAAAUAAGUGGGAAAAGAUAUUCAAGAUAAGGUACUCUUGUACAUUAUGUGAAAGAGGCCUCAGAUCUACUUCCUUACUACUCCAACUCCCCCUAUGGACAAUGCACUUGUAUUGUUUUUCUCAUGCUCAUAGCGACAUGAGACUCUUUACCAGUCUCCUUACUCUCGACAUUAUUUCAUAAAACAUCGAAACUUUCUGUAACAUAUUUUCAUUGCAACAAAACACUAAAGAGACCCUCAAUCAGAAGUGACUUUGGUUUAAUCUGGGCGCUGAUUAUUUAAGACAUAAUCCUGGAUGGAUCCCAUUGUAUUCAUAAGUAUUGCUGGUCCUCUUCUAAAUUGUGAAAUGAAAAUAAAAAAUAUCUUCCAA